AUGCAAUCGAUUCUGAACGAGGAUUCCAUCGUUUUCGACGAACCACACAAGAGAUACCUUCCCGGAGACUCGGUCUCCGGAUACAUUUUCUUCAACACACCAAGCUCGAUUCGAGCCCGUCAUCUCAAAGUGACGUGUGAAGGAGUGGCGCGUACCGGCUGGAGAAACAACGAGAAACGCGCCGAGAUGAAGUUGUUCUCCGAGGAACGUACGGUUUGGCGAGCGCUCGGCAAAGAGGUUGGUUUCGAAUGUGUUGUGCUUGGUUCUACUUUAUCCUAAAUCUUUCAGAAGCAUAUACCAGCUGGCGAGAACUACUACGCCUUCAAGUUUGUGCUCCCGAAGACCAGCUCGCCGAGCUUCGUUGGAGAAUUCGGAAGCGUCGAGUAUCAGGUCAAAGUGUCGUUGUCCCGUUGGUGGUGGUUCAAUGCGAACGCCUCGAAACCGAUAAUAGUCGCCGGAAAAGCGUGCAUCCCACGCUCAUUGGCUCUUUCAUUGAAGCGCUUCGACUUCCACGAUACCGUCCACUUCGAAACCGGCGGAUGCCUCAACAUCUACGGCCACAUCCCGCUCCGAUUCUACGCGCUCGACUCGUUCCCUCUGGUUAUCACCGUCGAGAACCGGAGCCCCAAGAACAUUCCGUCCCUCGACUUUUAUAUGAGCCGCUUGUCGCACUAUCACGCCCGCGCACAGGAUCAUCUUUGCGAUUCGGCGGAGCGGUGUCGGCUGGAUCGAGACGAAAAGGAGCGGUUGAACGUGAAGCACUCGUCGAAGGCCAUCGUACACGUGGAAUUGGAGUUGAACAUUUUGGCGAUGGGUCGCUUGACGAAACAGUUCGAGGUGCCGUGUCGACGUGGCGGUAUUGUGGCGCCGUUCAACAAUUCGCUAAUAUCGAUGAGGUACAUGAUGCACGUGGCCAUCCCGCGCGUCUUCGACUUGUACCCAAUCAGCGGAGAGAUCGGAAAGGACGAACCUGAGGAGGAUGCUUAA